AUGGAAUGUAUUCUUUGCCUCAAUUCGGAUUUGGGCCCAUCAAAGGGUAUAAUAAUUGUAUAUAAUGACUGUAAUCCACCAUGUCCAUACCAUCCAUUAUUUCCAAUCAUCAUCUUCUUUCUACAAAUCACAAAACCAUCUUUAGUUUGCACUCUCCAAGUCUCCACCAUGGACCAUUUCCCUGUAAAGCGCUUCCACCACGUCGAGUUCUGGUGCGGAGACGCCACAAACGUCAGUCGCCGCUUUUCAUGGGGUCUCGGCAUUCCCAUUGCAGCUAAAUCUGAUCUCUCAACUGGAAACUCCGUCCAUGCUUCUUACCUCCUUCGUUCCUACAACCUUUGUUUCCUCUUCACCUCCCCUUAUUCUCCUGCUAUCUCAUCCCCUUCUUCUUCCACCAUCCCUACUUUUAAUACGUCUCAUUUCACCUCCUUCUUCACCUCCCACGGCCUCGGCGUCCGCGCCAUUGCUAUCGAAGUCGAAGACGCCGAGGCUGCUUAUAAUAUCAGUAUCUCUCAUGGUGCAAUCCCGUCUUCUGCACCUUCUCGCUUUCGAAACGGGACAAUAUUAGCGGAAGUUCACUUAUAUGGCGACGUUGUACUUCGCUAUAUCAGCUUCACGUACCAAAAUAAAACUACUAGUACUACUCCUAGUGAUUGGUUUCUGCCGGGGUUCGAGGAAAUGCCGGGAGAAUCCUCGUUUAAAGGGCUCGAUUUCGGGCUUCGAAAGUUAGAUCAUGCAGUAGGGAACGUUCAUGAGCUUGCACCAGCGAUUGAGUACGUGAAGAGGUUUACCGGGUUUCAUGAGUUCGCUGAGUUCACGGCCGAAGAUGUUGGGACGAGUGAGAGUGGGUUGAAUUCGGCUGUGAUAGCGAACAAUGAUGAGACUGUGUUGGUAGCCAUGAGUGAGCCAGUAUAUGGGACGAAGAGGAAGAGUCAGAUACAGACUUAUUUGGAACAUAAUGAGGGUGCUGGUGUGCAGCAUUUGGCAUUGAUGAGUGAGAAUAUAUUUUGGACUCUAAGGGAGAUGAGGAAGAGAAGUGGACUUGGUGGGUUUGAGUUUAUGCCGUCGCCGCCUCCGACGUAUUACCGGAACUUGAGGGAUCGAGCCAUGGAUGUGCUGAGUGAGGAGCAGAUGAUGGAGUGUGAAGAGUUGGGAAUUUUGGUGGAUAAAGAUGAUCAGGGUACUCUGCUGCAGAUUUUCACUAAGCCUAUUGGAGACAGGCCAACUAUAUUCAUUGAGAUUAUCCAAAGGAUCGGUUGCAUGAUGAAAGAUGAAGGAGGCAAGUUAUACCAAAAAGGUGGUUGUGGAGGAUUUGGGAAGGGUAAUUUUUCAGAGCUUUUUAAAUCGAUUGAGGAGUAUGAGAAGACACUUGAACGCAAAAACAUUACAAACACAAAUGUUACAUGAGUUUCAUUCUUAGUGAUGGUUUCAGUGCUCUACGCAUAUAAUUACUUAAUAGUGAUCAUUGUAUCAUUUGUGUAAAAUAUAUACAACACUUAUAAGUUAUCAUGGUGAAAUUUGUAGCUCAUGAUCUUAAGGUUGUACGAUCAAAUUUCAUUAAGAACACUUUGGGAGUUAGGAAUUUCAUAUUGUUCUUCCUACCUACUAGAAAUGUAACACUUAUAUUGGUAUUAUCAAUAUAGUUUAUUCAUUUCU